GGCUCAACUCUUAAGUCUUAAUUAAUUGGUUGCAAAAUUUGUAUCCGAUCGGGCGACCCGAGAAGCAGUGAGGAGGAGGAAGAUAGAGAGAUGAGCUACCACCAGCACCAUGGCCCUCAAGAACCCUACCCUCCGCCUCCGCCUCCGCCACCACCAGGCUACCCCUAUCCCCAACCAGGCCCGCCGGGAUCAGCGCCGCCCUACGAAGGCUACCCUCCGCCGCCGCCUCCGGGGUAUCCUCCUCACGGAUACGGCCCUCCUCCGCCGCCGCCGCGUCCUCCGCCGUACGAGGGCUACCAAGGCUAUUUCAACGGGGGUUACCCUCCGCCGCAAUACCAGCAGCCCUGUUACCACGAUCAUCACCAUUACCAGGCUCAGGAUGAUGGCUGCAUCUCUUUCUUGAGAGGCUGUUUUGGUACACUAUUCUGCUGUUGUUUGCUAGAGGAAUGCUGCUUCUUUUUUUGAUGAUGAUAGACAUGGAUUACUUCUCUCAAGGUUGUCUCUGCUUUGAUGCUAUGUGGUGUAUAAAGAAAACUUCUGCGUCUGAACGUUUAUAGAUUUUACAUCAGGGUAUAUCGCUCUGGGUAAUUGAUUGUUUAGCCUCGUAUGUGGUUGUUAUGGUGCAUUGUGGAUUUAUAUAAUGUUCUAGGACCCAAAAGAACAAAUGCUGUGUCCUAUUUCCGAGAACUUUUAAAUUCAAGUAAUUAUGAUAUCGGGAGGAUCAAUCGAGAGUGAUUGUUUCCUAUUAAUUCCCUUUCUGCAGAA